GGUACGACCUUAGCCCCCUGUCCCCGUUUCCAUCUUCUGCUUAUCCGGAUUUCGCCAGUUACUACGCUAACAAAUACGAGGCCACUUUAACCACCAUGGACCAACCAUUAUUGGACGUGGAUUUCACCGUUUUGCGACUCAAUUUGCUAGUUCCGCGUUACAUAAAUUCUCGUGGUUAUUGUCUACCAUGCACGACGGAUGCACGCAAACGAGACAAACGAGAGAACCUGACGCACAAACAAAUUCUGAUUCCAGAGCUGUGUUUUCGCCAUCCGUUCCCUGCCUCUGGUACGUUCGCCUCACUGCUAUGGAACCCCUACCACCACCGCCUGUGUGCUGGUAUCGCUUCUCUCAUUCCCAUUCCAACAUCGGUCAUUGUCAUUAUCAUCGUUUGCCUCGCGCAACAGCGUUACAACUCUUCGCUCGUAAUCUUUGUUUCUGUUCUUUUUUAUGGUGUCUUGGUGCUGAAACCGAUCCUUAUCGCACAAUAUUUCUUGGGGGUUGUAGCAUUACUUUUUCUCUUCCAGACUAUUGGGCGAACUCACGGUCUUGGUAUGCACUUUCGGCCUUGUUUCUGCAACUCCUUUGGCCCUUGAGAGACGCUACCUAGUGUUUGUUUUAUUAUAUGGUUGCUGCUUUCGCCAUCACUCUGCUUUUCCACAUACAGCUUGCCGUAUUCCAGAAGUGUCACGUCUGCGAGUCUCUUUUUUUUUUCUCCCCAGUCUGGCGAAAGGCGGUGUGUCUCCCUAGCGUACUCUACCGAUUACACAGUCUUCUUUUGGCAGAAGAGCUUCGCCGUCGGAUAGCAUAUGAGACUGGUCUUGGGCGAGCGCGCCUGCCCAAACAAUGUAAAACAAACGGACGGGAUUCUCAGGAGGACCAAGCUUUGUUUGAACCUCUUCGUUUGGUUUUCCCUCUACAAAUACAACAGCCCGCCACAGGGGAUGAGUGCGGGCCCAGGAGGUCCGAGACUAACCUGGACACCGGUUCCGGGCGUCGUGGGUGUCGUGAACACACGCCUGCUCCGAAGGAUUCUAACUCUCUUGCAUCUGGUAACCUCGACAAAUCUAACUCGAUUGAGGAUGCAGAUGUAACGAUCGACAAAAAACUACCUCCGUCUGAAGCCCAGACACAACAUGACACUCCAGCCGAACCAGUAUUCGUCAAACUGCGGGCACUUCCCGCCACAGCUGCCAUCACAUCGGGUGGAUUGUCGACUGUGGAUGGCAGUGUGAAUUUGGAAUCUUUACUCGAGGAGACGAAAGUUAUUGAACUUGAUGAUGGUGAGUUUGUCCUGGAUGUUCUGCAGGCAUCCUCAUGUGCUCGUCUCCUUCUCAGCACGAGUUCGGGUUCAUCUUUCUACCAUAUAACUUUGUGCAUUGUUCCGGUACUUCGCAGCGCGUCAUGUCGCCUUGUUUUGCAUGUGGUGUGUUUUGCAUUGGAGUAUACCGGUUAUUGA